GCACGGGCGAUGGCGAAGGCGACGGCCACGUCCGGCGCCGCGGGGCUGCGGCUGCUGCUGCUGCUGCUGCCGCUGCUCGGUGAAGCUCCGCUGGGCCUCUACUUCUCGAGGGAUGCUUACUGGGAGAAGCUGUACGUGGACCAGCCGGCUGGCACGCCCCUGCUCUAUGUCCAUGCCCUGCGGGACACCCCUGGGGAGGUACCCAGCUUCCGCCUGGGCCAGCACCUCUAUGUCACCUACCGCACGCGGCUGCAUGAGAAUGACUGGAUCUGCAUCCAGGAGGACACCGGCCUUCUGUACCUUAACCGAAGCUUGGACCACAGCUCCUGGGAGAAGCUCAGCGUCCGCAAAGGUGGCUCGCCCCUGCUCACCGUCUACCUCCAGGUCUUCCUGUCUCCCGCGUCCCUGCGUGAGGGCGAGUGCCAGUGGCCGGGCUGUGCCCGCGUGUACUUCUCCUUCAUCAACACCUCCUUCCCGGCUUGCAGCUCACUCAAGCCCCAGGAGCUUUGCUUCCCGGAGACAGGCCUCUCCUUCCGCAUUCGGGAGAACAGGCCCCCGGGCACCUUCCACCAGUUCCGCCUGCUCCCUGUGCAGUUCCUCUGCCCCAACGUCAGCGUGACCUACAGGCUCCUGGGAGGUGAGAGUCUGCCCUUCCGCUGCGCCGCCGACAGCCUGGAGGUGAGCACGCGCCGGGCCCUGGACCGUGAGCAGCGGGAGAAGUACGAGCUGGUGGCCGUGUGCACGGUGCGCAGCGGCGCGCGCGAGGAGGACGUGGUGCUGUCCUUCCCUGUGACCGUGUACGACGAGGACGACUCGGCGCCCACCUUCCCCGGGGGCGUGGACACCGCCACCGCCGAGGUGGAGUUCAAGCGGAAGGAGGGCACUGUGGUGGCCACACUGCGCGUCUUCGAUGCAGAUGUCGUGCCGGCGUCUGGGGAGCUCGUGAGGCGGUACACAAGCACGGUGCUCCCUGGGGAUGCCUGGGCCCUGCAGACCUUCCGCGUGGAGCAUUCGCCCAAUGAGACCUUGGCCCAGGCUAACGGCAGCUUCGUGCGUGCCACCAUGCACGACUACAGGCUGGUUCUCAACCGGAGCCUGCCCAUCUCAGAGAGCCGUGCCCUGCAGCUGGCUGUGCUGGUCAACGACUCAGACUUCCAGGGCCCGGGGGAAGGUGUCCUGCUGCUGCAUUUCAAUGUGACUGUGCUGCCCGUCCACCUGCGCCUGCCUGCUGCCUACUCCUUCUCCAUGAGCAGGAGGGCCCGCCGUUUUGCCCAGAUUGGGAAAGUCUGUGUGGAAAACUGCCGGGAGUUCAGCGGCAUCCAUGUCCAGUACAAGCUGCUGCCAUCCAGCGCCAACUGCAGCGCCCUAGGGGUGGCCACCUCAGCUGAGGACACCUCGGGGACCCUGUUCGUGAAUGACACAGAGGCCCUGCAGCGGCCUGAGUGUGCCGAGCUGCAGUACACAGUGGUGGCCACUGACCGGCAGACCCACAGACAGGCGCAGGCCCCGCUGCUCGUCACCGUGGAGGGGACGUACGUGGCUGAGGAGGUGGGCUGCCCCCUGUCCUGUGCGGUCAGCAAGAGGCGGCCCGAGUGUGAGGAGUGUGGUGGCCUGGGCUCUCCGACAGGCAGGUGCGAGUGGCGGCAGGGAGACAGCAAAGGGAUCACCAGGAACUUCUCUACCUGCUCCCCCAGCACCAAGACCUGCCCCGACAGCCACUGUGACGCUGUGGAGAGCAGAAACCCCAACAUCUGCCCCCAGGACUGCCUCCGGGGAAGCAUUGUUGGGGGGCACGAGCCGGGGGAGCGCCGGGGCAUUCGAGCCGGCUACGGCACCUGCAACUGCUUCCCUGAGGAGAAGAAGUGCUUCUGCGAGCCAGAAGACAGCCAGGACCCGCUGUGUGAUGAGCUGUGCCGCACGGUGAUCGCAGCGGCCGUCCUCUUCUCCUUCAUCGUCUCGGUGCUUCUGUCUACCUUCUGCAUCCACCGCUACCACAAGAACGCCCACAAGCCGCCCAUUGCCUCAGCUGAGAUGACCUUCUGCCGGCCUUCCCAGGCUUUCCCGGUCAGCUAUUCUUCGUCCAGCGCCCGCAGGCCCUCGCUGGACUCCAUGGAGAACCAGGUCUCUGUGGACGCCUUCAAGAUCCCGGAGGAUCCAAAGUGGGAAUUCCCUCGAAAGAACUUGGUUCUUGGAAAAACUCUGGGAGAAGGAGAAUUUGGAAAAGUGGUCAAGGCAACGGCCUUCCGUCUGAAGGGCCGCGCGGGGUACACCACUGUGGCUGUGAAGAUGCUGAAAGAGAAUGCGUCCCCGAGUGAGCUGAGGGACCUGCUGUCGGAGUUCAACCUCCUGAAGCAGGUCAACCACCCACAUGUCAUCAAGCUGUACGGGGCCUGCAGCCAGGACGGGCCGCUCCUCCUCAUCGUGGAGUACGCCAAGUACGGCUCCCUGCGGGGCUUCCUCCGCGAGAGCCGCAAGGUGGGCCCCGGCUACGUGGGUGGCGGAGGCAGCCGCAACUCCAGCUCCCUGGACCACCCGGACGAGCGGGCCCUAACCAUGGGCGACCUCAUCUCGUUCGCCUGGCAGAUCUCCCGGGGCAUGCAGUACCUGGCCGAGAUGAAGCUCGUCCAUCGGGACCUGGCGGCCAGAAACAUCCUGGUAGCUGAGGGGCGCAAGAUGAAGAUUUCAGAUUUUGGGCUGUCCCGAGAUGUUUACGAAGAGGAUUCCUACGUGAAGAGGAGCAAGGGUCGAAUUCCAGUCAAGUGGAUGGCAAUCGAGUCCCUUUUCGACCAUAUCUACACCACCCAAAGCGACGUGUGGUCCUUUGGUGUCCUGCUGUGGGAGAUCGUAACCCUCGGGGGCAACCCCUACCCUGGGAUUCCUCCUGAGCGGCUCUUCAACCUUCUGAAGACUGGCCACCGGAUGGAGAGGCCGGACAACUGCAGUGAGGAGAUGUACCGUCUGAUGCUGCAGUGCUGGAAGCAGGAACCGGACAAGAGGCCGGUGUUUGCCGACAUCAGCAAAGACCUGGAGAAGAUGAUGGUUAAGAGCAGAGAUUACUUGGACCUUGCCGCGUCCACCCCAUCUGACUCCCUGCUUUAUGACGAUGGCCUCUCAGAAGAGGAGACACCCCUGGUGGACUGUAAUAGUGCUCCCCUCCCUCGAACCCUCCCUUCCACAUGGAUUGAAAACAAACUCUAUGACACUCGACACUCCUCCAGUCUUGUGGGGGUGGCUUUUGGGAAGUCCCAGCAGCUCUUCUGGCUGUCUCGGCAGUGGAGCUUUGCAGGAAAGGGUCGGGUUACCAAAACACUGCCUGGUCUUCAGACUUAA